ACUGCGUAGAGAGUGGGAGUUAUUUCUCACAGAGAUCCGUCACGCAGGCUCCGGUGAGAUCUAUCUACCCACUGCCAACUCCUUCUCCUUCACCCGACAGAGCCGACAGCAACAUGAGGGAAUGCAUCUCCAUACACGUAGGUCAGGCUGGAGUCCAGAUGGGCAAUGCAUGCUGGGAACUAUACUGCUUGGAACAUGGGAUUCAGCCAGAUGGACAGAUGCCCAGUGAGAAAACCAUUGGUGGAGGAGACGAUUCCUUCACUACAUUCUUCAGUGAAACUGGGGCGGGUAAACAUGUUCCCCGCGCUGUGUUUGUGGACCUGGAGCCCACUGUGAUUGAUGAGGUACGGUCUGGUAUUUACCGUCAACUCUUCCACCCGGAACAGCUCAUUAGUGGAAAGGAAGAUGCAGCCAAUAACUAUGCCCGAGGCCAUUAUACUAUUGGCAAGGAGAUCAUUGACUCUGUUCUGGACAGAAUCCGCAAGCUGUCCGAUCAAUGUACCGGUUUGCAGGGAUUUUUGGUCUUCCACAGUUUUGGUGGUGGCACCGGCUCUGGUUUCACUUCCCUCUUGAUGGAACGAUUGUCUGUUGAUUAUGGAAAGAAAUCCAAACUAGAAUUCUCCAUCUAUCCUGCACCACAGGUUUCUACAGCUGUCGUUGAACCAUAUAACGCAAUUCUCACUACCCACACCACUCUGGAACACUCAGAUUGCGCCUUCAUGGUGGACAAUGAGGCGAUUUAUGAUAUCUGUCGCAGGAACCUGGACAUUGAGCGCCCAUCAUACACCAACCUUAACCGACUUAUUAGUCAGAUUGUGUCUUCAAUCACAGCCUCCCUCAGGUUUGAUGGAGCUCUGAAUGUGGACUUGACAGAGUUCCAGACCAACCUGGUGCCCUACCCCCGUAUCCACUUCCCCUUGGCCACCUAUGCUCCUGUUAUCUCUGCAGAGAAAGCUUACCAUGAGCAGCUCUCUGUGUCUGAGAUCACUAAUUCUUGCUUUGAGCCAGCUAACCAGAUGGUGAAAUGCGACCCUAGGCAUGGAAAAUAUAUGGCUUGCUGCCUGCUGUACCGUGGUGAUGUGGUGCCUAAGGAUGUCAAUGCUGCAAUUGCUGCUAUCAAGACCAAGCGUACCAUCCAGUUUGUGGACUGGUGUCCUACAGGGUUUAAGGUUGGUAUUAACUACCAACCCCCAACAGCAGUUCCUGGGGGAGACCUGGCCAAAGUUCAGCGAGCUGUAUGCAUGUUGAGUAACACAACUGCCAUUGCCGAGGCCUGGGCUCGCCUGGACCACAAGUUUGACCUGAUGUACGCCAAGCGCGCCUUUGUGCACUGGUAUGUAGGGGAGGGUAUGGAGGAGGGAGAGUUCUCCGAGGCUAGGGAGGACAUGGCUGCCCUGGAGAAGGAUUAUGAAGAGGUUGGGCUAGACUCUUAUGAAGAGGAAGAAGAAGGAGAGGAGUAAACAUUGUCCUGCGUCAUAAUUUUAUGUUAUUGCAUAAGUUUGGGGAUACAGUUGUCGUGUCCCUCGCACUGGGCCUUUUAACAAUAAAGUCAGAAGUAAAAAUUUUA